CGGGCAGUGAACACAACUCCUUUCUACAUAUUCCCCCACAGCGAGACAUCAUGCAGGGUAAUGACAGUGCAGCUUACAGACAAACAGUAUGGCCUCUCUGAAUUACCCACUUUCCGAAAGCCUAGACUGUUCAUACUCUCUCGAAGAACAAUCGUAACGGGCUCGGCGUAGAUGCGCAAUAUGGAAAGCUUCCCUUACCUUCCACCCCGGUAAUCCUGCAAAUGCUAGGUUAAAUCCACUUCCGGCAGGAUAUAAAUAUGCAGGUACCCAGAGGAGAUGAGGAUUCAACGCUUUGGGUCCUCGGCGUUCUCUGAUCAGCAAGAUGGGGUCCUUCGUGAAGCACGUCGCAGGUUAUGCGCUUUUGCUCGGCAGCGUGAUCGCGGCACCGGUCGCUCAGGAAGUGGAGAGCUUCAUUGAAGUUGCCGUGGCGAAGUCAAACAGCUUAAGAGUUGAUCUCGGGUAUGGGAUUUAUGAGGGGAGGUUGCAGAAUUCCACAGGAUUGAAUGUAUGGAAAGGAAUCCGGUUCGCGGCUCCACCAACCGGAAACUUGCGCUGGAAAGCUCCACAGCCGCCAGCGACAAAUCGGACCGUGGUUUCGGCAACAAGCUUCGGUCCGAACUGCCCUCAGGCUUAUCCUUCGAGUCCCAAUCCGCCUUUCGUUCCUGGGGACGAAGAUUGUUUGUUUUUGAACGUUUAUGCGCCUCCUACUUUGAAGUCGCAGAAGUUGCCCGUGCUGGUGUGGAUCCAUGGCGGCGGUUAUGGCCUUGGAGAUGGGAAGCAAGAUCUCAGCGAGCUCAUCAACGACAAUAAGAAGGCGUUCAUCGGCGUGACUAUUCAGUACAGGCUCGGUGCCUUCGGAUUCCUCUCUUCUGCAGAGGUCAAGGCCAUAGGUUCACCCAAUGCUGCUCUCUUGGAUAUGAAGUUUGCUCUCGAGUGGGUGCAAACUCACAUUGCUAAGUUUGGCGGAGACAAAGAGAGAGUGACAAUCUCUGGAGAGAGUGCAGGCGGUGGUGCUGUGAUGCUACUCGGAAUUGCCAAGGACGGCGCGCUCGGUACUACGCUUUUCCAGAAUGGCAUAGCUGCUUCUCCAUAUCUCCCACCUCAACAUGACUUCAACGGUGAGAAGCCUACAUUACUGUACAACGAGUUUGCCUCUCGAGCGGGUUGCGGCAACGCUUCCAACAAGCUGGAUUGCCUCCGCAUAAAGGACUCCAUGACGCUCCAACAAAUAAAUGCGGAAAUCGUCACCACUCAGGUCUAUGGCACUUGGCCCUUCUUGCCCGUCACGGAUGGUAGCUUCAUUAAGCAGCGACCCACCUCAGCACUGGAGAAAAAGCUUGUGAAUGGCAGGAAUAUUCUUGUUGGCAACAACGCUAACGAAGGCCCUCUUUUUGUGCCUAAAGGUGCCAUCAAUACAGUAGAGGAUCUCAAGGCUUGGCUGCGGCAGGUGUUCCCGUCGCUGACUGAUGCGGAUGUUCACACCAUCCUCGAGGCGUAUGCCAGCUCGGAUGCACCUGUCGAUCCCAACGCGCCCAAGUUUGCGACCAACGGACUUGGCCCUGCCACCGCAGUGAACGUCAGCCAAGUUGCAACCGGCCAGCAACAACGUGCCAAUAACAUCUACGCCGAGGCAACCUUCGUCUGCCCCUCCUACUGGCUCAACACGGCCUACACCUCCAAGACCCCCUCUUCCUUCCACUAUCAGUACUCGAUCCCCUUCGCCUCCCACGGCGACGACGUUCCCGGCUACUUUGGGCCCGCCACCCCCAAUCAAGGCCGCGACUUCGCUCUCGCCUUCCGCCAGAUAUGGGGCAACUUUAUCACCAAGUCGAACCCAACCCUGGUUGGCGGGCCCGGAGACAUCAGGUGGCCUGAAUGGACGCCUGGAGAGGGAGCGUAUAUGAUGAAUCUGAACACCACGGGCGGGAUGCCGUAUGAGGUAGAGACCCAGUUUGGCGUUGUCACACAGUUUAAGGAGCCCGGGUUGAGGAAGUAUAUCAUGCCCGUGAAUGCUUGGACGUGGGAGGGUGGUAGGGGAAAGAGAUGUGAGGUUUGGAAAGCGCUGGCGGACAAGAUCUUGAUUUAAGUUAUU